CGGGGCGCCGGAACAGAGGCAGCCCGGGGUGGCCGCGAGCCGGGAGGAUGGUGGUGACCAGGUCCGGGAGGUCUCAGGCCACGAUCCAAGCCACGUUGGCUAAAAACUCCCAGCAGAAGAAUUCUGCUAAAAGAAUUCAUGCACAUCCAAAAAGCAGAAAGGAAUGUCUACCUGUUGACCCAACUACUACUGAAUCACAAACCACUAGGAAACAAAGUCCAGUCUCUAGAACUCCUAAAACCAGAGAGAGAAAGAGUGGAACUACAGUCUCAUUAUCUGAAAUGAACAAACCAUCUGUUGAUGGAGAGACCUCUGAAGCAGAGUCCAGUUGUUCUUCUGUGUAUGAGUGCCAGGAUCCCAUUUUAAGAGUAACUAGGAGGCGACAGAUCUUAGUUGCAUGUACCCCAGUGUCCAGUGUUCGAAAAAGGCUUAAAAUAACUCCAGUAAAUCAGUCUCAUAUUGAAGAAGACGAUGGUGACUCUGAAGCUGAAUCACAUGCUUCAGGUAUUUCUAGAAUUGUGCCGCCUGCAAUAACUACAAAUACCAGACGAAGUAAGGCUAAAUCUGUAAGAGACCAAAGCCAAGAAUUAUAUGAAGAAACUAUUUCUGAUGCUGAGGCAUCAUACUCAGACAUUUCUUCAUUUUCUGGAGUUGCAACUCUGAGAACGAGAAGUAUGCAGAAGAAAUUACACACACAAACUGAGGAGAAAGGUACUGAUACUGUACCAGAAAAUGAAAAGCAAAUCAUAAAUACGACUAUGAAUUCAGAGGAUUCAGAUACCAGACAAACACCUUGUUUACCAGCAAGAUCUCUUUCUCAGAUAAAUAAGCCAAAUUUCUGUAAAAAUGAAAUGUGUGAAGACUUCGAUGAUGAUUCCUUCUGCAGAAAUUCAGAAAAAAAACGAACAGUGCAAAAACGCCAAUGUUUUAAUAUAAGAGAGAAGGAAAAGGCCAAUGUUGCACCUCUCAAAGAAAUCACAAAGCAGAAUUGUAAGAAUUUAGAUGAAGAAGCCAAGGGAAUAGUAGAUGAGGAAAAAGAAGUAAGUAAGAAAAAUUCUCAGUUGGAGAGCCUUUCUGAACCUCAGGACACUGGCAUUCAGCUGUUAGUUUCUCAAAGGCAUUCAACUCCCCGAAAUAAUAAGACCACGUCAGAGCCCUCAAGUCUGAACUGUGAGGCUAUAAUAAAAUCAUUAGCUCAAACAUUUGCAGUGGUAGAAGUGGACAGAUGGAAUGAAGAGAGAAAGAAUACCAUAAAAACAAGUGACUUAACAGAAUUUGGUGAUGGUGAUAGAGAUGAAGAAGAGUGCACCGUUACAGGUAUCAGCGAAGAUAGGAAUGAAGGAAGGGACGUAGAUUCUGAGUGUGAAAACAGACUAUUCAAGUCUGAGCUCCACACAUCGCUGGACAAAGAUGAUUCUGUUUUAUUAGUUCUCAGCAGUGACGAAAGCCAGCAGUCUGAAAAUAGUGAGAAUGAAGAGGACACUGUGUGUUUUGUCGAAAAUAAUGGUCAAAAGGAGUCUUUAAAUGGAGAAUCAGAAAAUAUGUCAUGUGACCAUGCAUUAUUUGUAAUUGACAAAACUCCUGGAUUGAGUACUGAUAAACAUUUUUACUUGGAUGAGGGAGACAAGGCAAGUGAAGUUGCCACUGAGGAAAAAAAAGAGGAGGAAGAGGAUGAAAAAAGUGAAGAACCAUCAGACCAUGACACAAACAAAGAUAGUGAGUUUAGUGAUGAAGACGACUUACUAAAUAGCACAAAGUCUAAACUUCUGAAGUUGACAAGCAGCAGCAUAGACCCUGGUAUGAGUAUCAAGCAGUUGGGUGGUUUGUAUAUUAAUUUCAAUGCGGACAAACUACAGUCGAAGAAGAGAACCCUAACACAGAUCAAGGAGAAAAAGAAAAAUGAGCUUUUGCAGAAAGCCAUUAUUACUCCUGAUUUUGAAAAAAACUACUGUGUCCCACCAUACAGUGAAUCAAAGCAUCAACUUCAGAAAAAACGCAGAAAAGAACGACAGAAAACAGCAGGUGAUGGCUGGUUUGGUAUGAAAGCUCCAGAAUUGACAGAUGAGUUAAAAAAUGAUCUCAAAGCACUGAAGAUGAGAGCUAGCAUGGACCCAAAAAGAUUUUAUAAGAAAAAUGAUAGGGAUGGCUUCCCCAAGUACUUCCAGAUUGGAACCAUUGUUGACAAUCCAGCUGACUUCUACCAUUCACGAAUUCCCAAAAAACAAAGGAAGAGAACUAUUGUGGAAGAAUUGCUGGCUGAUUCUGAGUUCAGAAGAUAUAACCGAAGGAAGUACUCAGAGAUCAUGGCUGAAAAAGCAGCAAAUGCAGCAGGAAAGAAGUUUCGAAAGAAGAAGAAAUUUCGCAAUUAAGAUUCAGCAAUCAAGCCACAGUAUUUUAUAUCUCCCUUUAUUUACUCAAGAUGUUUUGAAAAUUAACAAAAUCACACAAAUUAAUAUAGAUGGCCCUGUUUGAAAAAAAGUUGACUUGAGGGAGAAUCGACACAUAUCCCUUGGGGUAAAAACAGGUGUGUCUACGAAAGACCCACCCAUGCUUAGACCUUUUGAGGGAGAAAAAGGAAAACCUCGACCAUUUUAAGAUGAAUACCAUUUUUGUAAAGUUUCAGCACUUGGUUAUUUAAAGAAAAUUGAAUUAAAAACAUUUAGAAAGUAUAGCUUGUUAACAUAUACAGAAAGCUUUAGAAUUACAUGAUCAAAACUAAACAAUACUGUAGCACAUGUGUGCAUUUUGUGUGCGUGUGUGUUUUUGUGUGUAGGGGAGACGGUAUACCAGAAAUGCUGUGUGUGUGUGUGUGUGUGUGUGUGUGUGUGUGUGUCUGUAGGUGUAGGUAGAAGGGAGAUGGUAUACCAGAAAUGCCCUUUUCUAAUUUCAGGUCCAGAAAAUUGGUGAACCUGGGAUACAGAAACCUGCUUGUUGUAAGCAUAAAAGUUGUAGUUGAAGCCAAAGUAUUCUUGGAGGAAAUUUGUGUUAGUAUAUGACACAAGAAAUGAAGCUAUAUAAAAAGGACUUAAGGUAAAGAAGACUUCCUAGAAAGUUCGGGUUAAGGGUGGACAAAGCAAGAGAACGGUUAUCUUUAGCAGUUGAAAUAGGAAAGAUUAAUUUUAUUCAGAGUCAGUGUUGUGUUCCAGGUGAACUAGGCAUAAAUAAGAUAAUUUUAACUUGGCCAGAAAUAAUUUUAAAGUGGCUCAGUUUAUUUCAUCUCCAAUAGUAGUACACAUCCUGACUGAUCUAUUUGUGGUACCUAAGGAGUAUUGGCAAUUUCUCAUAACGCAUUUUAGUGGGUUCUUCCUUUCAUGUCAUUGUAUAUGGAACCUCUAUUUUCCCAGCAAACCGCUUGGGAUUUCAGUAAAUUUAAAAUUUCGCAUUUUGUAUUUAUUUUUUGGGAUCAUAACCAGCCUAGUAAUAGAACUGACUGUGACAUUCAUAGGUGAAGUUAGGCAAAUAUCUAUACCUGUUCUCUUUUACAGAAAAACUUUUAUUCCAAGAAUAUUAAGUUUUGCCUUCUGGGUAAAAUAAGGACCAGCUAUGAAAGAAUUAAAUACCAAAACAAGAAGUAACAGUUAGUUUACCCUUUACACAUUCUUCCAGAAGGAGUCAUUGUUCUCAGAACACUGCUUCGACUCAUGCUACUCUGCCGUAAGAACACUCAAAAUUGUUAAUCAUUUGGUAUGAUCCCUAUACACAGAAAGUUUGAGGACUUUACCCAGUUUUUCUCAGGGUCAAGGUGUGGAUCAACUUCUUACCUACCAUAUGAUUUUGGGGAUGGUUUCUGACUCAUGAAUGCUACUGUAGGUUGAAUUAUUUGGUACCUGAAAACUGCAGCCGUGACAUAUUUCUGAUGUUACAGUUCAUAUUACAAGUAAAACAACAUUAGUGACUUAUAAUCUUUGCCACACAAAAAGCAGCAUUAGUGUUUUCUGGAUUAGAAGGCAGUGCCAAGGAAAGAGAACUGAGCCUAAGCACUAAGUCCAGCUCUGUCCUUAAGCCACCUUAGGUGUAUGUGUUUUGAGUAUUUACUUUUAGUUACAUUUUAACAUGCUCUCUUUUGUCUCCAGAUUCAUUUUUAAUUUUAUUUCAUUAUAUUCAUUUUUGUAAGCCACUUAAAUAACUUGGAACAAGAUAGAGUUUUUAACAAUUACAAAGUACUUAGUGUAAUAAGCUGAAAUAAUUUAACUAAAAAUCAUUUAAAGUCACCUCUACUAAUGUUUAUUUUAAGGAACUGAAACUGGUAAUACAGCAUCUUCAUCUCAAAUGUGAUCUUCAGAAAUUUUAAGUCUUCAAAACUAAAGGGUAUCAAAAUAUAAUUACAGGUAAAGGUCAGAAGGUGGUCUUAGUGUUCCCAGUCUUCUAUAAAUAUCUGGAAAUUUGAAUAACGGAUGUAUUUUCCUUGGUUUUUUAAGCAAAGCAGUUCUGAUGAGAAGCAGGUUUUAGUGACUUUGGCUUGUGUCACUAAAGGUUACUCACUGGGACUCAUCUAAGGCUUCCUGACUAGGAGAAGGUACCCUGACUCCUCAACUGAGAAGCAUUACAAAGCAUACAGAGUGCUGACAUGGUAGAGUGUGCGGACAGAAGAAGGGCCUUCAAAAUACCCUAAGAGCGCGAAAGAUUUCUGAAACACCCCAUCUUGCUGCACAGUGCCUUUAAGACCAUUUACUAGAAAUUCCUAUAACACAACUAGUUUGUUAAGUGAGGAAAUGAGGGAGAGGAAAAGGAGGGUGGAAGAAAUCAGAUGGAACCAGGGUGAAAUCAGUAAAAUGAUUCUGUGAAACUGAGUAUAACAGUUGGUAAAGGUGGGCUCUGAGCUUCCUAGUAUCCGACACAAAAAUCAGUUCUGUGAUAAAACCUAACUGUUUUAGAGAAACCCCAUUAUUCCUUAUUAUUAAGACCUGAGAAACUUCUCAUGGAUCCCCAUAACAAGGAUGUCUGUUGAGAGGCCUUAACUUGGCUGCCCAGAGUU